AUGUUAUCAGAUCUCUCCACUUAUUUACUAAAAACGAUCGUCUCCAAGUUGGAGGACAACGCCGACUUAAUCUUGUUGUCGCUGACCUGUCGUCGUCUGUUCAAUGAGAGACAACAUUAUCUCAUCUUCUCGAAAAAGGACAUUCGAUUGGAUUACACUGUGCUUGCCUUGCAGUCAUCCCAAUGCAAUAGAUUCGUAUUAAAGUCAUACAAGGAGCUGCUCAUUCAAUCACUGGCGCACUUUGGAGGAACUUGUUAUGUGGCUCAUCGCAUCAUCCCUGGACCCAUCCCACCACACACCAAGCAUCUCUGGAUUGCCAAUCCUCAGUUCCAAUUGGAUCACUCCAACAUCCCCGGGGAUGGUGUCGAGUGUCUCACAUUCGGAUCGGUUAAUGAUAAGACCAUCGAGUCUGACAGUGAUGUCUCUUUCACCUAUAAUAUCACUGAUGGAACCAUUCCAUCAUCGGUCACAGAGCUACACUUUGAUGAUGGAAUCGAAGAACUCAACACUGGUGUGAUCCCUUCAUCAGUAACAAAGCUCUCAAUCACUGGACAGUACUCAAUUGGUGUGAACAUCAGUUCUGGCGCCAUCCCAAACUCUGUCACUGAUCUCCAUCUAAAACAUUGCGGUGAUCUUAAGUUGGACAAAUGUUUCCUUCCAAGUUCAGUUGUGAAUCUCUGCAUCGACCCUGGACGGGAUGUUGAAUGCAGACUCUUUCCUGGAUACAUUCCAUCGUCGGUGCGAUCACUCACCUUUGGCAAAGGAUUCAACGAGAAGAUUACUCCCAAAGACUUGCCUCAAAGCCUCACCUAUCUUCAUCUUGGAGAGAGCUUCAAAAAGCCGCUCUGUGUUGGCUCAAUACCCUCAUCGGUCCACACUCUCCACUUAGAGAGUUACGAUCAUCCUUUUGACAAGAUGGACUUCUGCCCUCAUCCUUGA